AAAUCCAUAGCUGGUGCUCACUGAACCGCAGUCGUUCAUUUUGUGAGUUCAUGCGUUCUAGCACCAGCUGCACAGUUUGUCUGUCGAUUUCACAACAAAACCCGCGAAGUCGUUACCAGACAGUAAAUAAAUCAAAUUUCUUUAAUUUGUUUUGUGAACUUUACUAAACAAACUAAAAGUGCUAUUAAAGAAGGUUUUUGUUUUUCGUUAUAAUUGUUACAUGUUACAGCUAUGAGCGAAGAAAAUACGCCAACGGCGAAUAAAACUCCGUUCCGUAGGCUUGGUCUAGUCAGAAGUAUUAAAAAAUCAGGAUCUACAAGCACGCCGGUGAGUAGGGAAGUAUUGAGCACGCCCAUAUCAGCCCUUGGAAGCAAUCCCAACUUCGACAAGAAUGUUUCGUCAGAGAGCAGUCCCAGCCCUCUCACCCAUCAAAUGCGACCCAUUAAGAGCACCUGUUCAGAUGGUACUAGCGAUCCGGAGGACAACGUUGAAGUCGCAGCACCGGUGACGCCCAUCAACAUCAGGGCAAGCUCCAAGAAAACGCGCCUCUCGCUAAGCCAAAGUUGGAGAAAUAGGAUAACGCAGAAAAAGGAGCUACAAAACAUCAAACGACGAAAAUUGAUGGAUGAGGUGGAAAAGUGCGAGGAAGUUGAAGAAACCAGAAGCUGUGUUCCACCGGACAGAGAUCCGUGCAUAGCACUGGCAACAACCUCAAGUGAGGGCGUUGAUAAAUUGAAGCCAUCGAGUAUAAAACAACAAAUUCAGGAGGUUAAGGAAAGCAUCUCGAUAUGGAGGACUGGCUGCAUUGAGGCGUUGAACGAUCUACAAACAAGACGCGGCACCGGAGACAUGGAAUCAUUGCUGAAUAUGCUGCAAAUACCGUUCGAGUUGGUCAACUUUGAUCGUGAGGCGCAGGAAUUUCUUGAUCCAGAUUGAAAAAAAGCUGGACAGGUAAUUUUGUUUGUUAUUUUCUUUCAUAUUUAUUUUUUUCUCAAAAUUAUAUUACUGAUCUCGUUGUUCGACAUCGUGUACUUUUCAGUAGAGUAGAUGUAAAUACCUAUUGUAGCAAUAAUGUGCCUGUGCAAACAACAUAGGGCCACUAAUAUUUCAAUUGGUAUUUAAAGCAUUAAUUUCAUGCUGAAGAAGGGGAUUUGGGUGAGAUUUCCGAUAGGGCCCUGAAAGUUUACUGUGUAUUGUGUUCCAAAAAUAAUUCAAUUGCUUUUAAAAUGAAAAA